AUGGACGUCGCCAUGUCCGACUCGGCUGGUCCAUCAGCUGACACCUCCCUCUUGGGGACGCUCAUUAAUGGCAACCAGAAGACAACCAAAUCCAUUUACUCUGAUUCGCCCAGUGUAUCCACGAGGAAAAGACAACGAACCGAACUUGGCGAUCUCGCCUUAGAGAAACCUAUCGACAAGGCGGCCGCUGAACGUCGCUUCAGACUUGAGUACGUCGAUGUCCAGCAGCUUCCGCCUUCACUCGCAGCCAAACAACCAGUACCUACCAAAACUCGGAGAAUCAAGGCGCAGCCCAACGCGGAAAAGGCGCUUGUUCGACAGCGACCCAUCCAAAAGCUCCUCGAGAGCUCCAACGGUCCCGCGUCUACUCUCAAAGAUGGGCAAGUGGCUCCGAUUGAAGACGGCUCCCAGCGCACUUCAUCCGACUCAACAAGCCUUACCCAGGCAGGCACUUCAACACCGCACGGCUCCAGACCUGAGUGGCAUCCCCCAUGGAAAUUGAUGAGGGUCAUUUCCGGCCACCUGGGUUGGGUGCGAAGCUUGGCGGUCGAGCCUGGAAACAAGUGGUUUGCCAGCGGUGCUGGAGACAGGACCAUCAAGAUAUGGGACCUCGCUACAGGCUCCUUACGCCUUACCUUGACUGGACAUAUAUCAACAGUCCGCGGCCUUGCUGUCAGUCCGCGCCAUCCCUAUCUGUUCUCUUGCGGCGAGGACAAGAUGGUAAAAUGUUGGGAUCUCGAGACGAACAAGGUCAUCCGCCAUUACCAUGGGCAUCUCAGUGGUGUCUACACUCUCGCCCUCCAUCCGACUCUUGACGUACUGGUUACUGGUGGUCGAGAUGGCGUUGCUAGAGUUUGGGACAUGCGAACGAGAAGCAACAUCCAUGUCUUGUCCGGGCACACCGGGACCGUGUCAGACGUCAAGUGUCAGGAGGCAGAUCCUCAGGUCAUCACUGGCUCGUUGGACGCAACAGUGAGACUGUGGGACUUGGCUGCUGGGAAAACGAUGGGCGUAUUGACGCAUCACAAAAAGGGAGUUAGGGCGCUGGCGACUCAUCCCCAAGAGUUCACAUUUGCCUCGGGUAGCACCGGCAGUAUCAAGCAGUGGAAAUGCCCCGAGGGAGCUUUCAUGCAAAAUUUUGACGGGCACAACGCGAUCAUUAACACCCUGAGUGUCAACCAGGAGAACGUACUCUUCUCGGGCGGCGACAACGGCUCUAUGAGUUUCUGGGACUGGAAGACAGGCCACCGCUUCCAAGCCCUCGACACCACGGCACAACCAGGAUCCUUGGACGCCGAGGCAGGCAUCAUGAGCUCGACCUUUGAUCGCUCUGGGUUGCGUCUGAUAUGUGGGGAGGCUGAUAAGACGAUCAAGAUUUGGAAGCAGGAUGAGAAGGCGACACCGGAAUCGCACCCAGUUGUUUGGCAGCCGACACUGGCGCGACGCAAAUACUAG